AUGGCGAUCUUCCUGGCAUUCCUGUUUUCGGUGGUGGCCAUCACUCAGUUCACAACCGCUGACAAAUCUACCCGUCACACUGGGCUGAAAACGCCGCCGGUGGCACUGCCAUUGCUGCAAGAAGCUUCGGAUGAAUGGCUGCUGCAAGAGGAGACUGGCCAAGAGCCUGCAGAAACCUCUGACAUCCCUGAUGUCUCCUGCGACACGCCCGCCGCGCAGCUCUUCAGGAUUCCCAGCCUCACCGAGCUGCCGACUCCCUUGCCGGAUCUGCUCGUCGUGCUGGUGGCCUUCGCAUGCUUCGGGAUCUCCUGUCGACUGCGCACCAUCCUACAUGCCGUUGCUCGAAAGGACCGUCAGCCCCAGGUUCCAGUGGAAAGCACUGAUGCCUUCGGCUGCACAAAGCUCCAUGUGGCAGCACAUGCGGGCUUGUUAGAGGAGGUCCAGAGCUUGCUGAAGUGCGGCUCUAAUCCGAAUGCCCAAGAGGCGUGGGAUGAGACUCCACUUCACAUGGCUUCCCGGGCUGGACACUUGCAAAUCGCAACCCUCCUCGUCGCGCACGGUGCAGACAUCAACAUGCGCAAUGCAGAUGACGAAACCCCAUUGGUGGUUGCUGCGAAUGCAGGCAAGCGGGAAGUCUGCUCCUAUCUGCUUGAGAUGGGAGCUGGCACAGGAGGUUUGGGGGAGGAAAGGCUGCCCUGCCUUCUGAACACCCUGCUCAUGCAGCGAAUGUUCAUGACAGAUGCGGACAGCAAGCUCAAGGCUCCUCCAACAGCAGCCAAAACGACUGCGUGCAGGUGA